AUGGAAAUGGCGAAUACCAUCACCAAUGCCAAAUCCUCGGAUCCAGCGUCGACUGCGGAUUUGGACGACGGCGGAGGACAAUGUGGAUGGUACUGCUGGAAACCAAGAUUCUUACAGUGCUUAUCUACAUCAAAAUCCUUCCUUUUCUGGAUUUGCUGGGCCGGCGGCUUUCAAAGUUUUUUGAUCAAUGGUCUUCUCAACGUCUGCGUCAGUACCAUAGAGCGGCGGUACGAACUCACGUCAACGGACAGCGGCAUGAUCAUCGGCUGCUAUGAUAUUGCUUCAUUUUUGACUGUUCUGCCAGUUUCUUAUCUAGGAGGUCGUAAAGGUGCAUGCAAACCGCGUUGGGUCGGCUACGGUGUUUUGUUGUUGGGCAUAGGCUCGUUCGUGUUUGCCACACCUCAUUUGGCGUCUGGACUCUACCAGGCUUCUGUCAAACAACAAGUCGUCGGCACUUGUUCCUUAUCGCCGUCAGUGAAUGCCAGUUGCUCAACUGGGGAUCAGUUAACAGCAUUGAAUGACGGCAUAUCCUUACAGAAGUUCAAGUACGUCUUUUUAAUGGCGCAGCUUAUCAUGGGUGCUGGAGGAGCUCCACUUUACACCCUCGGGACAGCCUUUAUAGAUGAAAAUGUCAGCCAUAAAAUGCAACCAAUCUACAGUGGCGUUUUUUACGGAAGUACAAUGCUAGGUCCUGCUCUCGGCUAUAUAGCUGGAGGGCAAUUACUCCGUCUUUACGUCGACAUCGACAAGAUCUCAGCCAAAGAAGUGGGGAUGGCGCCGGGUGGCAGCGGUUGGGUUGGCGCCUGGUGGCUCGGUUUCGUCAUCGCUGGAACACUACUUUGCAUAGCUGCCAUUCCACUUUUGGCUUUCCCUGGCGAAUUACCCGGUGCGAAAGCACUGGCCGCAGCGAAGGAAGUGGAAGACUCCAAAACAGAACACACAGAGGACGACGACGAGUAUAAUUCCAAAAAUGAUUCCGAAACCACCACGCAAGAUGCGUCAAUAAGUGUUGGCCAAAGCUUACGAGAAUUGCCUACAGCCAUCAAAGAAUUAGCUACACGUUGGACGUUUUUAUUCAUUUGCCUGGAGCAAUCGUGCGAGGCAAUGCUACUAUCAGGUUUUGGUGCAUUCUUACCGAAGAUAAUUGAAAGUCAGUUUUCAUUAUCACCCUCUAUGGCUGCUGUUAUCGUUGGUGGACUAGUUAUACCUUGCGGAUGUGGGGCUUCCUAUACUGGCGGUUACCUAAUCAAGCAUUAUCGCAUGCGUCCAAGGUCCAUCUUAAAGAUGUCGUGUUUCUGGGUUUCUCUCAGUUUCAUCUUUUCUUUGGCCUUUAUGGUCUAUUGUCCCAAUCAAGACUUUGCCGGAGUGACAAUUCCUUACAGUGGGAAACAGGAGUUGAAUAUCGUAUCUGAUUGCAAUGCCAAUUGCUCCUGCUCGUUAGAUACUUAUAGCCCUGUAUGUGGUAUCGACAACAUCGUUUACUAUUCUCCUUGCCAUGCUGGAUGCCUGUCGUUUCACGAAACAAUGGUCGACGGAUUGAAAUCCAAAUCCUUCGGCGUGUACUCCAAUUGUUCGUGCAUCAAUUCCCCGGAAUUUAAAAGGAUGAAGGUCGUUAACGGCACAGAAGUGGACGUCAUGGCAGCUCGCCAGACGUGCACGUCCUCUAAAUGCAGUUAUCAACUCUACCUUUUCACAGUUUUGCUAUUCAUCUUCCUCGCCCUUGUUUUCGCUAACAGUAUGCCUAUUCUUUCGGCUACGUUAAGGAGUGUGCCACACAACCGAAGAGCCUUCGCAUUAGGAACCCAGAUGAUUAUAUGGCGGCUGUUAGGUGCUAUUCCAGGACCCAUGAUCUUCGGGUUGUUCAUAGACAGUUCUUGCGUCUUGUGGACGCAUACAAACAGCAACUGCAAUGGCAACUCGGACAAUAGCGGAUCUUGUUUAAUUUACAAUAAUUAUUCAUUUAGCAGAGCGAUGGUUGGGCUAGCGCUGGUCGUUAAAGGUUUAACAUUUUUGUUCGCCAUCUUGGCUUGGUGGUUCUAUACACCACCAGUGAAAACGAAGACGGCCAAACAUGUCAACGGUGGCCCUGCAACAUCAGCUAAUCCAGAGGCAAAAACCAAAGAAACUUACGCUUACGACAACACGGUUGUCGAUCGAUCUUAACGUUGUAAAUAAUAAGAAAAAAAUGUUUGAUUUCAGAAUUAUUUUCCGGCGAUAUUUUUGUCUAGUAUUCGGUGGGGAAAAAAAUGUAUUUAUUCACUUUUUUGAAUAUAUACACUUUUUGUGAUUUUUU